GGAGCUAUGGACCUGUUGCGCUCUGCAGCCUCCAGACACAAACUCUUUACCUGAACUCGCAAGUUUCGUUUCCUUGUUCUGUUGCAUGAAUGGAUUUUAAAGAGCUUGGAGCUGAUUGCUCGGAGGGAGACGCGGAGGACCUGGACAGCGUCAAAGCGCUGACGGAGAAGCUGAAGCUGCAGACGCGCAGACCGUCCUAUCUGGAGUGGCAGGAGCGGCUGCAGAGUCGCCCCUGGGCGGACAGACGCACCGCGGACACUGGAGCAGAUGUUUCCCUGCCCGUUUGGAAAAAGGAAAACUCUGAGCUGGUUAUAGGCAACAUCUGCGGCUUUGACAGCAUUGAUGAUGCGUUAGAGUUUCUAAGAAAAGAGCUGAGGGAGAUGCAAGAUCAGGACAAUCGUCUGGCCUGCCAGUUGAUCCGCCUGCGCGGCGAGAUCCACCGGCUGAAAGUGGAGCAGGUGUGCCACCGCCACAAGGAGAUGCUUGACGACGCCACUUUCGAACUGGAGGAGUGUGGGGAGGAGUCGGACCUACUGUGCGACAUCCCCAUGAAGGCCGCCUUUGCUCUCUCCACACCUCUAAAACAUCUGGGCCUCACCAAGAUGAACAUCAACUCCAGGCGUUUCUCAUUGUGCUGAAAAGUGUGACUUUUUUAACCACACAGUGAAGGAUGUUCUCAUAUCCUCUGUGAUUGCGUAAGGCGUGUUAUUAGAGUUACUUCCUCUUUAAAGGCUGGUGUUGAUCCAUGUCAGAGUAUGACAUGAAUGGGGAAGUAUCUGUGUCCUCACCUGUAGAAGGCAUGCACACCUCUAGUACUGCCAACUUCCUGUCAGUCAGUCUGAUUCUGCUUUUCAUACCACGGAAUCCAGAUUUACUGGAAGAAUAAAAUAGAUGAUGCACUAUAUUGCAAAAGAAUUGAGGCACAAACCCAAGUCUCUACAUUGAAAUAGUCCAAUCAGCUCCAUGGUCACGUUUAUAAAAUCAAACAAUGAGGUAGUGGACAACUUCUACUCAUGUUUCUAAAGCAGUUUUGGAGUUUCAGGGAAUUCAAGCAUGGCAUUGUGAUAUAAAAGGUCAUUUUUUACCUUUUCUACCACAUGCCCCAGUCAGUUAUUAGAUGUAUUCGAACAAAUUGGAGGUAUCUGAAAAUACAACAACUUAAAAAAACAUGAAAUCAUAAAUUCAGGCACCCAGUGUUCACAAGUUAUCAACUGUCUCGUAGAGUCAAAUUACAUAGAACCAUGAUUUGUGUGGUCUUCAGAUUAGCUUCUCGUCUAAGCUUCAAGAAAUAUGUUUCGAUUGAUGACCAUGUCUUUUGCCAAGUCCUACAUUAUGAAGUGCAUUGUAGGAGCUUGGGAGCUAAGUGUAAAACUCAGCGCAGCUGAAUUCUAGAGAUGUAGCCACGAAUCACGAUGCACUGUCUGUUAAGUCCCCACCCAGAGCUACUGCUUUGUCCUCCAGAGCAUGCAGCUUUGCCUAAAGCAGGACCUGUAACAUACAUCCAAACAACCUUUAGCAACCAAAGCAGAACAAACGUCUCCAGAAUCCCCCCUGCUUAAUG